UCUUAUUUGCUGUGAAAUUAACCAACAAUUUCCUUCCGUGCCUCCAAAGCCCAUUGACUUAUAUAGCCCAGCGCAAUCUCCACCACCGUCAGUUCAGUUCAGUAGAUGACUAAGUGAUGUCAAGAGUGGCGUCCGGAGCUCAGUGAUAGUCAACCACGCAAUCGAAAUCGUAAAAAAAAAUUCUCACCAUCAAAGAAACAAGAAAAAACAAACACACAGCCCCGAAACAGCGUCCAAACAGCGAGACGAUGGAUUUCACCUUUUGGGGCACGCUUGCCGCGGUGGUGAUCGUGCUGGGGCUCAUCUAUCGCUACAUGACCAGGAAUUAUUUCUACUUUGCGGAUAAGCCGAUGCCAUUUUUGAAGCCGGUGCUCGGCAUUGGCAAUUUGGGCCCGCUGUUGAUGAGAAAACGGGACAUAUUCGAGCACUUCCGGUGGCUGUACGAGUGCUUUCCGAACGACAAGAUUUUCGGCAUGUUCAGCAUGGCGGACCCGAUAUACAUGAUCCGCGAUCCGGCCAUGCUCAAGCGGAUCGCCGUAAAGGACUUCGAUCACUUCGUGGACCAUACGGGCCUCGGCGGUGAUGCCGAGUAUGACAACCCGCACAUGUUGGUCCUGAACACGCUGGUAUCGCUGCGUGGCAAUAAGUGGCGCGAUAUGCGAGCAACGCUCAGCCCGGCCUUUACCGGGAGCAAGAUGCGGCAAAUGUUCGCAUUGAUCGCCGAGUGCGGCGAGAGGAUGGUCGAUUUCUACCGAGGAGAGUGCAAGCGAGAUGGUGGCUGUGCGGCGGAGGUGGAGUUGAAGGAGAUGUUUUCACGAUUUACCAAUGACGUUAUAGCGACUACGGCGUUCGGCAUCGAGGUGGACUCCUUCCGGCAGCCCGAGAACGCGAUAUUUACGCUGGGAAAGGCGGUUAUGCAGCCUGGUGGGUUGGUGAAUAUACUGAAAGGGAUCGGGUACAUAUUCUUUCCGAAAUUGAUGGUCAAAAUGAACGUGGACUUCCUCAGCAAGGAACAUGAUCAGUUCUUCCGACAAACAGUCCUGGAAACGAUGCGCACUCGGCAACAGAACAAUAUCUUCAGACCGGAUAUGAUCGAACUGCUGAUCCAGGCGAAAAAAGGCAAUCUGAAACACUCUACGGAGAAACAAUCGGAAGCGGAGUCAUUCUCCGCGACAGAAGAAUCCAAAGUUGGUAGACGCAGUCACGAUCGUACUUGGACCGACGAUGAGCUGAUCGCUCAGGCGUUGAUCUUUUUCUUGGCUGGAUUCGAGACGGUCUCGAUGACCGUGUCGUUGAUUGGAUACGAAAUUGCGCGGAAUACCGACGUACAAGCCCGUUUGCAUGAGGAAAUCCUGGAAACGAAUCGUGCCCUCGACGGGAAACCCUUGUCGUACGAAAUCCUGCAAGCCAUGUCGUACAUGGACAUGGUGGUGUCCGAAACGAUGCGGGUGUGGCCGAUCGGAGGGAUCGUGGACCGCCUGUGCGUCAAGGACUACGUCUACGACGACGGACAGGGCUGUCGUUUCACAAUCGAGAAAGGCCGAACGGUUAUGGCUAGUGUGAUCGGGAUGCACCAUGAUCCGAAGUACUAUCCUCAGCCGGAGAAAUUCGAUCCGGAGCGGUUCAGUGCGGAGAAUAGACGGGACAUCAACCCGGACACAUACCUACCGUUCGGGAUUGGACCGAGAAAUUGUAUUGGAUCCCGUUUUGCGCUGAUGGAGAUGAAAGCCGUCCUGUACUAUUUGCUGCUGAAUUUCAGCUUCGAAGUGACGGAGAAAACACAAAUUCCACUGAAAAUGGCGAAGACUCCGUCGAGAAUUGCGGCCGAGAAGGGAAUUUGGAUUGCGUUAAAGCCCAGGGUGGAGAUGUCUUAGCUAAAUGCUAUAAAUAACUUUAAUCGAUAAUAUGCUAUGUGUAAAAGUAUACAUGUAUAAUAAAAAUAAUGAUACAUGAUAA